AAAAAAUCGCACGUGCUGUGUUAAACAAACGGCGGUUUCGAACUAAAAAUAAAAUCAUGAUGGCAACGAAAGUUGGCAAAAAAGGCAAUAAAACAGUCGACGUUUGGCUGGACAAACUCGGCUUGUACAGGAAAAACAUCGCCUACGAUGAAACUUGCUUGUUUAGGGCAAUUAGUGAGCAACUCUACAACACUCAGAUUCACCACGAGAAAAUUCGCAGAGAAUGCGUCCAACACGCCAGAGAAAACUACGAAAAAUUCGUAGACAAUAUCUUCUCUACGAAGGAAGAUUUCUUCGAUCACAUCGAAAGACUCGAGAAGCACAUGGUCAAUUGCGGAGACAUCGAAUUAAAAGUAAUAAGCGAAAAGUAUAGUCGCUGUAUUAUAAUCUACGAUGCGAAAACCAACCAACAAAUAUACCCGUUUUACAACAAGAACCACACCGAACAGUUUUCGCUGUGCUUAAUGGACGGAGACCACUACGAUGUUGUCUACCAAAAAGACCACAUAGUCACAGCAGGAUUUUGCCAGUCCAUAGUUUACAAAGUCCUCUACGAGAACGUGUUCUGCAUACCCGACGUGGACGAGACCGUCCACAACAUGCUCUACGACAAAGGCAACAUUAUCACCCAGGCGGAGUUGAUGAUGGAAAAGAAGAAGACCCUCUGCGAAUCCGAAAGCGAAAGCAUAUCGGACGAGAAACUCGUCGAAGAGAAACUCAAUUCGAGCGUCACAGUCGCUCCGUUUCCCUACAAGAUAGCCAAAGCUCUCGACCCGAACAUCUACAGGAACAUCGAGUACGACUCUUGGAGCGAACUAAGACGAGAAUUUCGCUUGGGGGAAUGGUACAACGGCGACGAAAGGCUGAUACUGGGAACGAAAUGCAUCUACCACGAUGAGAAAACAAACAAAGACUACGAUUGUUACAUACAAGAGUUCGUGAAAGAAGGAGAUAAGUGCAUGGUGUACUUGACUACAACAGCUGAGAAGCGUAUUGUAGAUUACUGCACUCUAAGCCCGGAGGACGAUGCUAAACCGUGGCCUCUGCCUUUUCGGUUUAAAAAGAGCGUCGCGAUCUACCCGGAUGCUUCUCGACAGCCGGAGAAAAACAUUCCCAGGAUUAAGAAGAAGAAGGAGAAAAAGCGGACGAAAAGCGAAAGCAAUAUUUCGUAUACAGCCACUUCUAAGCCGGAGAGCGGGUUGAAAAACGUCGACGCUUACGUUGGAGUGCCAUUGCAAAUACAAAACGUAAAUACAUCCGAUGAGAGCCCUGAAACUUCAACCGAAACCCAAUUGAAUUCGGAGCCUUUACCAACAGAUGGUACCGCUACUACAGACGUAGAACCCGGUUCUUAUUGGUAUAAUAACGAUUACCAAUGGCAACCGUAUGUUCAACAACCGGCGAGUCCAUAUUUAUGGAUCAACAACCCUCCCAACGCCAGCCAGAACCCUUUCAACUUCAAUUUAAAACCGAUGGUGGCCUCUGCUCCGGUCACUCCAUCGAUCAUCCCAUACCACGAUCCAAACUAUUUCUACAACCACCCAGUGGAAUCCUAUCAAGCGUACCCCCAAUGGUCGACCCCGGCUUUCGAGUUACUACCCCCCAGGAAUCGGCAAGAGAACUUGGUUAAACAAGAAGCAACCAGCGAGGAUGCUGCGAUAAGCCAGCAGGACGUCGGUCGAAGUACCCAGGAAAACCCGGAGAGCACCGAGUUCGAUUAUCGCAAAAAUAAGAAGAAAUUGAACGUGUCCAUUCUACCAACGACCGAGACUCCCAAUUACGAUCCGGGAAGGUUCGAGAUGUACACGCCCGUUUCGCCUGCGAUGCAAUACCCCCAAAUCCAUCCCAGUACUCCGGUAGUAUUCACCCCAGUACCACCCCCUAUGACUGAAAUGAUGAUGCCCAGUUCUCCUGCUACGUUUAUUCCAUCGUUAGAAAUGCCGUAUAUGCCCUCAUCGCCGAUGGUCUACCCGCUGUCGCCUCCGCUGACCACUUGGUAUCCUUACUCGGGCGUUGCCCCGCAGGAAUUUGUCUUCCCUCAGAAACCCUAAGUACUUAUAUCAGUAUGUAAUACUAAAGCGAUUUACAAAUCUAAACUUUGUAAACAGUGAUCUCGUCGUUGAGACUGAAAUGUUAACGUGAUAUUAGAAUAACGAGAAUUAUUUUUUUUUAGUUAUAUUUUUUGGAUAUAUUUUGAGUUUUUGUUAUUAAAAAAAGAAUAUCGUAUUUUUUUUGUAAAAGUUGUUUAAUAAAUUAGCAGGUUUCUAUAAUUUUGAUUGUUAAUUAUUAACCUACGUUAAGGCAAAAAAUAAAUUCAACAACUUUGCCUAAUAUGGUAAGUAUUAUCGACCGUUUGUUGUUAAAUUUAAUUCAUAAAAAUAUCAAUAAAAAAUACAUCCGGCGUUUUAUUAUGAAACUGUAAUAAUUAAUAUAGCUAACACAUGAUAAUACGAGACCGAAUUACAAAAGUAAGUGAAAUUUUAACGAACAGCAACUGGUUCUAUUUAAGAUUCAUCAUCGCUUCCCGGAGCCUGCCUGGGCUUGGGUCCCCCAGCCCGUUUGGCCAUGAUAAUUUGGUCGACUCUCAAAAUCGUCACCGCCGCCCCGACGGCGUAUUUCAAGCCCCAAGAUUUCGCCGCGUACAAGUCCAAAAUAUUCUUGCUCAGCGCGUCGCAAAUCGCGUUCUCCGAAUCGAUAUCGACCCCUUCGUUUUUGUUACCGUUUUGAUGGGCGUCCAGGAUUUUCUCCAGCACCGCCGUCGAUUUGUGGCCGCUGUUCUCAGCCAGAGCUUUGGGGAAGCUCUCCAGGGCGCUCGCGAACUUCCU